GUACAAGAAGAUCUAUCAGCUAAUUGCUAUCGCUAGUUUCGUUGUCGAAUACGUUCUGUGUUAACCGCUAUUUAUUACAUCUGGAAGCUGGCCUUCAAAAUUCGGAACUUCAUUUUCUCUUUAAUAAACGAGAGCACGCUACAUAUAUAUGAAAAGCGAAAGCGCUACUUCGAACCGCGUCACAGAGAGGGAAAGACCCUACAAACUUCUUCAACAGGUCUUAUGCAUUACCGCUAUCAAUUUUCAACGUCAGUCGCUGAUCGGUCUAGUCGAACUCACACUCAACCCGAUUAAGAAUAAUGUUCGGUGGGUCCGUCUCAACUGUAAGCAGUGCAAAAUUUACAGAAUCCGCGUCAACGAUGUUCACGAUUCAGCGUUUACAUAUAACGAUCCAACGAUGGAGAUCUGCCAGGACGAAGCAAAGGCCAAGCAAAGAAAUCUCGACUAUUUUUCACAAGCGCACCUUUCAGCAGUGUCCGCUGUUGACGGGUCACUAGGGUACGGGGAGGUGUCCGUGCGAAUUCCGUCAGAUGUGACGAUUACGGCGGACUGUCCUUUCCGUGUUGCGGUGGAGUUCUCCCUCGAACGGCCUGCCGGGGGAAUGCAAUUUGUAGUUCCCGACGGCGAGGGUUCAUUACAGGAGAGAGCAGCUCACUGCUUCACCUAUGGAUGGCAUAACUCAUCCCGACUCUGGUUCCCCUGUAUAGAUACGUUUUGUGAUCCUUGCACAUGGAAGAUGGAGUUUACGGUCGAUUCCUACUUGACUGUGGUCGCACCCGGUGACUUAGUCGAGGUCGUGUUUACGCCGGAGUCUACCAAAAAAAAGACGUUUCAUUAUUCACUUACAAUUCCCACUUCGGCGCCCAACAUCGCUGUCGCAAUCGGACCGUUUGAUAUCCUGGUCGAUCCCAAUAUGCACGAAGUUACACAUUUCUGUUUGCCACAGCUACUUCCGCAGCUCAGGCAGUCAACAUCAUUCUUGCAUGAAGCGUUUGAAUUCUACGAAGAGCUACUUUCUACGCGAUACCCGUACUCUUGCUAUAAGCAGGUUUUUGUGGCUGAGGCAUACGAAGAUGUUUGCGCCUAUUCAUCGAUGUCAAUUUUAUCCACAUCUCUACUUCACACGCGACAUAUCAUUGAACAGACGUAUGUGUCGCGUCGCUUAAUGGCGUCUGCAGUGGCCUCGCAAUUUUUCGGUGCUUUCAUUUCGCCCCUUAGUUGGUCAGAUGUGUGGUUACCGCUCGGCAUCACUUCGUAUCUGACUGGGCAAUAUUCGAGAAAGGCAUUUGGAAAUAACGAAUAUCGAUACCAUCUAAUGCAAGAUCUUGAGGAGGUCUGCUCCUACGAGGUGGAGUAUGGUGGAGUCGUGCUUGACUCAUCAGGGAGCGAACAGCCAGGAGUGAAUUUUCAUUUCCCCGUCAACCACCUGCAUACGCUGAGUCCUACGUUCCUAGAGAUUGUUCGCAAAAAGGCGCAUCUAGUCAUCCGAAUGCUCGAAAACAGACUUGGCAAAGAGCUACUGUUACAGGUGUUCAACAAGUUACUCUCACUGGCCGCGUCUGCCACGAAAGGAACAGCUGGACAGGACAAUAUGUUGGUAUCAAGCAGCUCGUUUCAAAAAGCAGUAUUUCUCGUCACAGGCAAGGAGAUCGGCACAUUCAUCGAGCAUUGGGUUCGGCAAGGAGGACACGCUAAGUUCGUUGGCCAUUUUAGCUUUAAUAGAAAACGUAAUACAGUAGAGUUGGAAAUUCGGCAGCCCGAUGUGGGCAUGACGGGUGUGAAAAAAUACAAUGGGCCAUUAAUUAUUGCUAUCCAGGAAUUGGAUGGCACAUUUCGGCACACCCUCCAGAUUGAAGAAAUCAGCUCGAAGCACGACAUAACAUGUCAUUCAAAAUCGCGCCGAAAUAAAAAGAAAAAGAUCCCUUUGGCUACAGGUGAAGAAGUGGACAUGGAUUUGUCUGCUAUGGAUUUGGACUCUCCUGUCUUGUGGCUACGGCUCGAUCCUGACAUGUUGCUCCUUCGUCAGGGCCACGUCGAUCAACAGGAUUUCCAUUGGCGAUACCAACUCCGUUAUGAGCGGGAUAUCACUGCUCAACUAUUGGCUAUCAAAGAACUCAGCAAAAUGUCGAGCAACGAUACCCGCAUUGCCCUAACUGAGAUCAUCGAGAAUGAGCAGUGUUUCUACAGAGUCCGCUGUGCUGCCGCCUUCUGCCUUCAACAGGUGGCUAAUACAAUGCAGACAUGGCCUGGUCCGCUUGCCAUGAUUGGAAUAUUUCGUAAGUUGUAUGGAUCCUACGCCAGUCCGUCGAUGGUCAAGCAGAACAACUUUUCGAAUUUCCAGCAGUAUUUUCUUCAGCAAGCUAUUCCUAAAGCGAUGGCCGGCCUUAGAACAGUUCAUCGAAUCUGCCCUCCAGAGGUGUUGGCCUUCCUGUUGGAUUUGUUCAAAUACAACGAAAACUCGAAGAAUCGCUAUUCGGACUGCUAUUAUCGACGAGCGCUGAUUGAUGCGCUCGCCGAAACCGUGACGCCUGUAGUUUCGGUUGUUCUCAACCAAAGCAGCAGUAAGGUGAUGGUUGAGAGUAUGUCGGAGGAAACGAAAAGCAUUCUAGAAGAGGUAACGCGUUGCUUGAAUCUCGAGAAACUUCUGCCUGGUUAUAAAUUAGUCUGCACAAUCGGUUGCCUAUUUGCAAUUCGUCGACUACAAAAAAUGGGUCACAUUCCUAAUUCGGCUGGAUUAUUUCAAGAUUAUGCGAGUGUGCACCAAUUCGAAGACGUUCGUAUGGCAGCACUUGAGAUGCUCGUUGACUAUACGUCUACAGAUGGAAAUGUCGAAGAUCUUAACUACCUUUUGGAUGUGGUAGAAAACGAUCCGCUUCCCAGGGUUAGACUGCACGUCUUGCGUGCAUUAACGUCCAAUCCGCCUUUUUCAAAGCGCGAAUCUGGCACGCACAGUUCAGCGUUUAAUAGCGAUCAGCUCGUUGAACGCCUGUGGACGAUGAUGAACAGCAAGUUCUCGCAUGAUUCAAAGCUUCGUUGUGCGCUUGUCGACCUCUACCAUGUCUUGUACGGGCGAGGUCGUCCUCAAUGCCUCCCGAUGCCCGAGCUCGGCGUCGUAUUUAAUCUGCGUGAAAAGAGAGCCCAAUUGAACGCCUCGACGAUCGCCUGUCAGGACGAGGUCGGGCAAAGUAGCCCACCAAUACAUUUCGAUCGUUGGGCUGCCGCUGCUGAUAACCAAGCAGACAACGAGCACGAUGAUCACCUUAAUGUCGAUAGCUUCGUGCCAUCGAUACAUGGCGACCAUAAGCGGAUUAAGAUUGACCACACUUCGUCGGAUUCAUUUUCGCUGCCUCCGAUCAGCGUUGCAGCAAGUGACGGGCAACAAGACAAGCAGCCUCUUGGCUUUGACGCGUCCAUGUUUCCCCAUCGAUCCGACUCACCAAUGUCCAACACUGUAUCCGACAAUGGCGGCGGCGUUGGCAGCGGCUGUGGCCAGUCCUCGAUCGGAUCUAGCUCUGUAGCACUAGCCACAGCAGGAAAUAUAAUAGGGUCAGCAGCAGAGGCUGCAGUAUCAACCACAGAAACCAUAUCUGAUGUUCCGGUAGAUGCCACAAUGAUAGGUGGUUCCGUACCGUUUGGUACUCCGCUUGCAAUCGACGGCGUUCCUUCUUCGGGCAGUGCGUCAUCGAAGCACAAGAAAAAGAAAAAGAAAAAGGAUAAAAAGCAUAAAAAGCGUGACAAGGCAUCGCUGGGAGACGCUAGUUCCAGCCAGGAUAAACAAGUUUCGGGUGCGUCUCAGCCAUUGGCUGAAGUCCUAGCCGACGUAAACUGUAUAGGAGACAACUCGAUGGGAGCGGGAGGAGAGCUAAGUAGCACUCAAGCUUCGCCUUCCUCUCUUCACCCGCAGAGCAAUGACGAUCAUAGUAAUCCACCUACAAAUAUUCCUCUAUUGAACGAGAGUCCAAUACAUGAGGAUAUUUAAGAUGUAUAUUCUUACUAGGCUUUCACAGAUUAUUUACGAUCCUAUAUUCGAUAGGAGCAUAAACAUGGGUGGGCUCAUUUAUCACUAAUCAUAAAUCAUCGAGAGUGUCUUUGUACACAUCUCCAGUAGGUAGUUAUAUACAGCGCGCUAAUAGGUUCAAAUUAGUUCUUCAUUAGGAAGAUGCAACCAUGUAAACGUAAUAAUAAAGUGCAUUUAUAAACGGGCUAGUGUAUUAUUAUGGGCAUCUGUUGCGUAAUUCAGCAAAUAUGUUUACUCAAACACUGGUAUAUUGAUUGAACCAUUAAAGACAACAAAAAAAGACAGAACAUUAUGAAGCAUACAUGGAUAUACCGUUUUGUGAUUUCUAGGUGCCUUAUUUACGCAGAAAACUACCUCAUAAAUCUCAAAUACAUCUUAUGAUUUCUCUAGUAUGUACAGAAGACAACAGUGAAGGGAUCUUUAGUUUCUGGUAAAUAUAUAAUAUUAUCAUAGAAUUGUAUUCUAAUUACUGCAUCGAACGACCUGUAAUCGCCUGAUCGACCGUUGGCGACAAUAAAGUCGAACAGAGCUAAUAGGUCAAAUUUCGAGGCAAUAUUUUUUGUGCCUAAAGCUAUAACUUUUGGUGCCGCAUACUUAUGCGCAUUAGAUUUUAAAAAUCACAUUUAGCUUGUAAACCGUGGUAGAUACAGUUUUACGCUUUACAGCAUUACCACGUUCCGGUUCCACGUCGUCAAGCCAUUCAAUCUGGUCCUCCAUCCAUGGAUGCUCUUGAUUGACGAAGCCAGCAUCUUCAAUGUGCUCACAGGUAAUGGAAGGCCAAUAUGUAGCCAGAUAUAUCUUUAAGGAAUGGCGCACUUGUUAAAAGCAAACAAUGCCAGCUUCAUUGUGCAUAAUUCACUUUUUGAAACGCGUAAAUACAAUUCAUACAUACAUUCAAUCAAGAACAUGGUACCUAGAAACCCUUUUCUGCUACAUUUGCCCGUUGGUAUAAUAAUAUUAAUUGAAAACGAGUAAUCUGAGUAGACCAAAUUGUCAUAAGUUCUUAACUAGCUUUUAAGCUACAUUGCUUUGAGGACAAUCAGUAUAGUCUUGAAUAGAGAAAGAAUUUCUUUCGUGCAGUGCAAUUACUGUCUUCAAAUGUAUAGCAGAAAAAGUUCGGAAUUAUGCGCUCGCUUGUGUGUAUUUCUAAGAAUAUUACAAAUGCCAGCACGAUUAACGCAAAGCAAAUGGAUCGGUCAUAGUCACAGUCAUUGAUUUCCAACCAACUUUUGUAUAAUUAUCGGAAAGAAAAGCGUGAUAUAGUGUCUCAAGUCUACACACGAUUCAUUGACAAGCAAAAAUACUGCGCCUAUUGUAAGGCUCAGUAGAUUAAUAUAUGAUGUGAACAGUGGAACGACGGCCUUGCCAUUUGGGUUCAUACAUGUUUUCAAUUACAUUACUAAACUACAGAUGAUAUUGCAGUGAGGGAUGUAUAAUGUUUCAAUUCAAGUGCCAAGACUGUCACGUAACGUGUCAGUCACGACCAAAAAAUUCACAGUCUUUGACAUUAGUGUCUGGAGAUCUAUUGAUUGUCUAGCCAAUAAAGUUCAAAUGGUUAACUAAGAGAAAAAUAGAAAACAUUACUACAGUUGAUCUAACACAGGCGUCAUAUAAGGUAUCCCCAUAAGUAUUGUUCAGCUCUAAUA